AUGUGCGCCUCACCGUCCACAGCUCCCGGUUUCUUCAAUCCGCGUCCUCAAUCCGGUGCUGAGUUGUCCGCUUUCGACUUGGGCUUACCACGGUCUAUGGCUUUGGGUGUGCCACCACCAUCAGCAUGGCAUGAACCAAAUUUAGGUGGUCAUUUGCAUGCUUCGACCGGUCCUGGUUCGCUAGCGAGCACCACAGGUACUGGCAGUUCCGUUGGUACCGGCGGUGGUACAACUCCAUCAAGUGUGGCAAGUCAACAAUCUGCGGGCAUCAAACAGGAUCUUUCCAGUCUAACUGGAACGGGUCAAACAAAUCUAAACCAAAGUGGACAUCAUACAAUUAAAGAGGACUUAUCUAGCUUAUCUUCAGCGACGGCUGGUGGUCACACAACACAUCAUAGCGGCACAACGCAACAGAGUCAUGUUCAAGAUAUGGGUGUUAUGAUCAAAGGAGUGCAAACGUCAAGUUGCUUAGGCGGCGGAGGUGGUGGUAGUACUACGCCGAGCUCGCAAGCAAAUAGUUCACAUUCACAAAAUAGUAAUAGUGGUUCACAAAUAGAUUCUAAACAAAAUAUUGAAUGUGUUGUGUGCGGCGAUAAAAGUUCUGGAAAGCAUUACGGACAAUUUACAUGUGAAGAUAAAGAUUCUGGAACAAAAGCAAAAUUGCAGUUAAAAAUUUAG